GUACUUCAUGCUGGAUUUUGAGUCUGGGAUUCUACAGUAUUUUGUGAAUGAACAAAGCAAGAACCAGAAGCCUCGCGGAGCCCUGUCUUUGGCUGGCGCCAUCGUGUCCCUGAGCGACGAAGCCCCCCACAUGUUGGUGGUCUACUCUGCCAAUGGAGAAGUGUACAAGUUAAGAGCCGCUGAUGCUAAAGAAAAGCAGUGUUGGGUGACCCAGCUCCAGAACUGUGCCAAGUACCACAUGGAAACGAAUUCUAAG